AAGCUGACCGACCGCAACCUGUGUUGCCUUUCGUCGUGGACACUCCGACUCCUCGAACUUACGCGCUGGACGGAACCUUAGGCGGAAGUGGUUCUACAUUCGGCGAUCGGUGUUUCGGUGUUUACAGUGCUUUGCCGACCGCGGUACGAAGACCGCGGUAGCUUAUCGAAGCGCCAUCGUGCGGAAAGACGACGCAGAACGGUGUCGUUUGGUGAUGUGAUCGGAACCGAAAUCCCGGUGCCGAUAGAAAGUUUCUUCCGCUAGCUGGUUGCUGGUCAAACAACAACAAAAUGUCCAAAAAGAUUCCGGUUCGUACGCUGAGCGAAAUAACGCUCGCGGACCUGGCCGGAACCAUCGUCGGAGCGAUCGGGACGAUGGUGCAGACAAGCUACACGUUCGGCGUCCCGCCGGACUACACGCUGCUGAUGGUGGAGAUCAACUCGUACCUGGACAGUAUGGGGGCGACGAGCAACAUCUACGACGAUCUGCUGCGCGUGAUCCUGAGUUCCGACUCGCUCGAGGCAUCGAUGCGCUUCUGCUGCCUGCAGAUGCUGCUGAACGAGGGCGUCCAGUGCCUGGCGACCGAGAUAUUUCCGGUCGCGUACUACGAGCGCAUCCUGCAGGUGAUCGCGGCCCAGGGGCGCGGUCUGCGCCAGCUCAACAUGAAGGGCGUUUGGGUGAAGGAGGAGAGCAUGUGCUACAUGUACGAGAUCGUGAAGCGGUUGCCGCGCCUCACGAAGCUCACGAUACCGCACAUCCCGAACGAUGACCUGCUGAAGCACAUCGCCGACUACAGCAAGUGCCUGCGCCAGCUCGACAUCAGCGGCGAAACGGACGUCACCGAGAUCGGCAUCGAGUACCUGUGCUAUGGCGAGUGCCACGAGCUGCUCACCUACGUGGACAUUGGGUCGCUGGGCGAGGAAAACAUUUGCCACAUGGACGUGGCCCUGCUGCUGAUGCACCUCCCGAACUUGGCCACCCUGCAGUCGUACUCGUACGUGGGCCGUAGCUUGCUGCACAUCGUCGAGCAGAAGGAUGCCGGGUUCCGGUGUAAGCUGGCGUACGUGCACGACAUCGACACGAGCGCCAAAGCGAUGGACGCCAUCGUGGCCACGUGCCCCCGGCUGGAAGACCUGUACCUAGACUCACCGGAAGUCGGCAUACUGGCGAAGCUGGAGGGGGUGCGGUUGAAGCGGCUGAAGCUGUACAAGUUCAGCUGCUACGAGCUGACGGGGCUGCUGGAGCCUAGCGGGGCCACGCUGUACCACCUGACGGUCAUUAAGGGCUACGGCCCGCUGGAGGUCAAUCGGAUCGUGCGCUCGUGCCCGAACCUGAUCGAUCUGGACUUUUACAUGAUGGACUCGCUGACGUUCACCGGCGACCGGAGCUUCGACAGCCUGCAGGGGCUGGAAAUCCUGAGCAGCCCCAUUUCGAAGCCCAGCUUGCGGGCCUUCAUCUGCAAGACGACGUCCUUGAAGCGGCUCGCGGUCGAUGCGGUGACGUUCAGCGACGAGGACAUCAGCGCGAUGGUGAUUGAGCACGACUUCUACCAGCUGGAGGACGUGUGGUUUACUUCCGCCCCGUAUCUGUCCCUGGCCACGGUCGAGAUCCUGAUGGACCGCUGUCCGGAGCUGCAAAGUGUCGGGCAGCUGAGCGGUUGGGCCCUGACACCGGACGACGUCACGCUGCUGCGCGGCAUCCUGAAGAGCUGCAAUGCGUCACUGAUAAUACAAUCACUUUGAUGACGACACGGGGGAAACACUUUGGAAGCCGUUCGAUGCG